AAUAACCAACAAAAUGCAGCAGAAAGUUGAAGAGAAAAUCGAUCCCCUGACACGCAUCCAGGAGGAGAUCAAGGAGGUGGUACGUCGCGAACAGGAGUACCGCCAGCUGGCCACACUUUCCUCCGGCGGCACUCCCACCACCCCUCUGGCAGUGGAGUUCGAGACAUACACGGUGAACGGCAAUGACUUUGACGACCAGCCGGAUGUGGACCAGGAGCAGGAACAGGAUCAGGGUGUCCUGGUAACAGCUCAGCCGGCAGCUGUCCAGACCACCUCGCUGCUGCUGCCCAUCGAUGAGCUGUCGAACACACCAUCCCUGGCCUCCAGUGUAAACAGCCACAAGGAGGAGAGCCUGGAUGGUCAGCACUCGGACGAUUCGGGGAUCUCGGCCUCCUCGCAGAACAUCAACUCCAACAACAACAACAACAGUGGGGCUAGUAAGCAGCCCGUCAAGCUGACCCUGGUGACCCGUCAGGAGCAGCGUUACAUUGGACCCAAUUGCUAUAAUAUGACGCCGGAGCCGCCGCAGCAGAAACUGAUCACCAGGACGAUUUCGACGCCCCAGCUGAGUGGGCUGCCCCAGAAGCGGCAGUUCUCGUUCGGUGGCUCCACCAAGGGGGUGAUGCAGCGUUUCAUUGCCUCGCACGGCAAGCUGGGCUCGCCGGCCAGUCCCGGCAGCCUGCCCCUCUCCUCGCCCCUGAUUUCGAACGGAAAGGUCAGUCCCAUCAACUCCCAGAACUCGGGCCUCAAGCUGAACACCCGCACCGCGCUGGCCUUCUUGGAGAACGGCAAUCCGACGCCGACGACCGUUACCCUCUCGCCGGCGGCCAUUGAACGGGACUCCGAGGGACGUCCCCUGCGCCGGGGAUAUGUCCCGGUGGAGCAGAAGAUCCAGCGGGAGCUGCAGGACCUCAAGUCCCGGGAGUCGGAGCUGAAGCGGCUGCGCAAGAUCAACAGGCAGAACACGCUGAAGGCUUCCCUGGACAAGCUACAACUCAGCACAGAUGACGAAGCCGAUGUGGACGACGACGAUGAGGAUUCCGAGGUGGAGCACUGCUAUGGACCUGGAAAGCUGCGUAAUGCCCAGUCUACUCAAGAGCUAGAUCGUAAUGGAAACGAACCAGAGAUCAUCCAUAAACCAUCGGGUAAUCGCAGCCUGAAUGCCACCGCGUAUCUGGCCAAUGGAAAUGGCACUUCGAACGGAAGUGGAAUGCGUCCGGCGAUGUCCUUGGCGCAGCUGUGUGACUUGACGCCGGAGGAGGCGCCAUCCUCCCGUGGCCUGAUCGCCCAGUGGGAGAAUCUGAUCAAGAAGAACGCCGAAGGUGGAGCGGCCGUAGAGGCGGUUAUUUAGAGGAUCAAAGAUCAAGAUCAGUAUCAUCGGAAUCAGUAUAAUCCGUGGCCACCAAGCGAUCUGGUGCAGAGCAGACCAAAUUAUAACUAAAUAUAUGUAGUAUGCAUGAUAUCCUUAUAUCCUUACCCUUCCAAUCCUCUCCCAUUCCCUAAAAAACUAAAAAAAAAGAAAAUCAACGAAUUAAUCUUAAAAACAAAAAAAACGAGUAAUUUGCAAAUAAUCCUUAAAACAAAGAAACUGAUUUGAAUUGCCUGUACUUAAUUGUAUAAUUUAUAAUGUUUACGUAAACGAACUCUUUUGUAUAUAAUUCUUCGUAUUUUCGACUUGCUUAUAAUUUAUUACAAAAAAAAAAUCAACUUUAUAUAUGUUAUGUAAUACCCACUACAUAAAUAAUAAUAUUAAUAUUAUAUAUACUAUAUAUAUAUAUACAAACAAAAUACAAAAUGUAUGAAACCAAUAUGCAAAAGACGAUUAAAUAAAUUAUAGAAACACAAAAAAAAAAA